AUGUCAGAUGUCGAUAAACUCUUAAAUCGCGUUGAAACAACCCUUAAUAAGGGACGCGAAAUAGAACGGAUAAUUGCUUCUUUUAAAUUGAAUGCCUAUGAUGUCCUUGGGAUUUUGCCUGGGAUGACUGUGGACGAUAUCAACAAUUUAUAUCGAAAGAUUUCCCUUAUGAUUCACCCAGACAAAAAUAGGGAAAACCCAAAGGCAGCAGAUGCAUUCAAUAUCUUAAAAAAGGCCCAGUCUGAUUUGCAUAAUGAAAAUAUACGAGAUUCGUUGGACUCUGCGUAUACUACAGCAAGAAACCAACUGAUUGCUGAAAAAAAGUUGAAAUGGGAUUCUGAGGAGGUGAAAUCUGAAGACUUUUUAUUUGAUUUAAGAAUCCGCUGGCGUGAUAUUUUAAUUGAAGAUGAAAUUGCAAGGCGGCGAGCGAGACAAUUGGAGUUGUCUUACCAACAGAGGGAACAAGCAAAGAAGGAUGAGGAAACCAAGGACCGUAAACGAAGAAUGGAAUCGGAUAAAGUUUGGGAAGAAACUAGAGAUGAUCGUGUAAACAAUUGGCAAGACUACCUACAUAAAACCAAGAAAAGCACCAUAAAGAAGAAAAACAAGAAACCGAAGGUUUUGGGAUGA